AGAACUUAUAAAAAGGAAAAAAUUAAGGGAAAAAAGGAAUCUUGAUGACAUGUUUCCACAUCUCCUUUUCAUUCAAACCUGAAACAUCACCUUAGCCAGACACAGUGGUAACUAUAAGAGAGGACCAGAGACUUAACUGAGGGCACAGACAUCAGUGGAGAGACCUGGGCUAGAACCCAUCUUCUCAGUUGUAGAUCACUUCAAAUCUUAUGGCUCUAACCUCUGCCUAUGGUGACAAAAAUGAGAGGCUAGCGUACAGUCCAGAAUUUCCGUGGAAAUAAUUAAGACAGUCCUGAAUAGGAGUUUGCCGAGGAGUCUCAAGAAAACAUUCCACUGGGACAGAGUAGAAUUCCCAUGGAAUUCAGUGGGAUCAGUGUGUUGAAAUGUCCAGGAGACUGUUCAUUGUAGCUUUAGGUUUAGAGGUAGAAUCCUAGCUCUGCCACUCACUAGCUGUAUAUGACUGUACAAGUCACCAUAACCUCUUUGUACCUCAGCUUCCUUACUUACACUACGGGGUUAAUUUCUAUCUCAAGAUUGUUGGAAGGAUUAAGUGAUAAAUCUCAUAAAAAUAGCUAACACAGUGGGCACUUGAUUAUUGUCAAAGUAAAAACAAGCACUGGUAUAAUGGGCACACUGGAUGGAUCCCACUUACUCAAAUGGCCACUCUUCUAGGAGUGAGAUGGAAACCAUUCUUAGCAUUUCCUAUAUUGAUUGGUUUGACAGACACACGGUUAUGCAGUUGCCAUUGCCCAGCUGUGAGAGAUACAGAGGAGAUGAGUCAUCCCCUUUGCCUCGGGAGUUUACUAUUUUGUUGGACAUGUAUAAAAUAAAUGAAUUCUUCAGUGGUCCUAUAAGUUAGGAAUCAUUCCCAUUUUUACAGAGAAGCUAACAGGCAUGGAGACUAAAUCUCAGAAUUGAUAUUGACUCUGCUUGGAUGUGAACUCAGAUGUGUGUGGUCCUCCUGAUCUCCCUCCUUUUUCUACUGCCCUGGAGCCAGGAAGGAUUCCAUGGAAGAGAGGUGAAAGGCAUGCUGCCCCUUCCUUCAAGAUGGCCUUUCCUCAGGUCCCGGCCUGCGCCGCCUAUGAAAGCAAAUUAAUAGGAUUGGGAAUGCCUUCAGAACUGACCUUGUCAUGAGAUGGAGGAGUGGCUAAAGAGGCCUGGGCAAAGGUGGCUUAAAGCCAGUGAGCAAACCACACUGCAGUUGUCUCCAAACACCAUGGUGACCCCCCACAAGAAGAGCAUGCUGGGAAAUGGGAACUACGAUGUGAACGUCAUUAUGGCAGCACUUCAAACCAAAGGCUAUGAAGCUGUUUGGUGGGACAAGCGCAGGGAUGUCGGCGCCAUUGCUCUCACUAACGUUAUGGGCUUCAUCAUGAAUCUGCCCUCCAGCCUGUGUUGGGGUCCACUGAAGUUGCCACUCAAAAGGCAGCACUGGAUCUGUGUUCGAGAGGUGGGAGGUGCCUACUACAACCUCGACUCCAAACUGAAGAUGCCCGAAUGGAUUGGAGGCGAGGGCGAGCUCAGGAAAUUUUUAAAACAUCAUUUGCGAGGAAAGAACUGUGAACUCCUGCUGGUGGUACCAGAAGAGGUGGAGGCCCAUCAGAGUUGGAGGGCUGAUGUGUAACACAGUUCUACCCAGCCUUCCCUCACCUCAACCCCCGAAAUCCUCUGUGAUGUGCUGUGGCCUCUACAGUGGGUCUGCCCUUGCCACGUCCCCAAACAUCUCAUCGGGUUUUUCCCCUCACAUUUGACAGUGCAAUAGGACAGACAUGUAGACUGUUACAGAACGAACCAGCGUUACUUGUUCUGGGAAAGGAAAGUAGGAGCUCUGUGUGCUUAAGGCAAGCUAUGGAAGACUUUUGUUUUAUUUAAGAGAGGAGAAAGAAAGGUGGGUCUUAGCUUAUUUCCCCGUUUCUCUGAGGACUUGCCAGAGGCUCUGCUGGAGUUCACUGCUGCUCUGACUCACCUGGAGAUGCUGCCUUCACUUCCCCUUUCCUGCCAACCAGUGGGUCUGAAGACACAGUACAGGCAAAGCCCAUGCUGACGGGUUUGAAGGACUUAGAGCAAAAAGGCCUCUCAGGAAACCAUCUCCAAAACUGCAGCAGCAGUACAGCAUGCUGUCUCCAACCCUUAAUGCCGCCCUUACCCCGUUUUUAAGAGUGGUUUAUGGCCAUCCUUGGAGUUUUAUAAUGAAAAGUUCUCUAAUAUUCCAUGCCGGGCGGUUGAAUCCUGCGAUAUUCUAGUGUGACAGGGUGAGCUAGAUACCUAAGAGGAUGUGGCCAGAACCAGGCUGGGGCAGGCAUGGACAGCCUGUCCGCCUCACUCCAGCAUCAUCCCUCCCACUUCACUGCAUUGCACUGGUUUAGGAGGCUUUGAGGCACAAGAUAGGCAAAAGGGCAGUUUUCCCAGCUGACCCACUCUGGCAGAAAUCAGGAAAAAAAUAAGACUGCCUUUGACAUCAAAUUCUACUAGUUUGAGACAGAGUUGGGCAAGGAAAGUAUUGGGAAGAUAAGCCUUCAGAGACUUGGAGCAGCUAGAAUGGGUAGAAGUCCUAGGCUUGGAGUCACUGUAGUGACAAGAAGCAGAGCCCUCACAUUGGGUGGAUAUGUGCGUUACGCUUUGUCAUCUCUGUAGCUUCCUUUACAGAUCAACUGAGAAUGGACCUGCCCCCUACCUCUUUAAAUAGUUGUAGGCCACUUUUCUCCCCGUAACUUGGGAAAACAAAAGGAGAAGUAAGGGUCAUACUACACCGCCUGUCACCACAGUGGCUGUGGUUGUCUCAGGGCAGGUGGGCAGGCAAGGAUGGCCUGUCCAGCCCUCACAGGUCAGUGGUUUUGGCAGGUCUGAGAGCUGCCCCACUGGCCAGACCUCUCCAAUAGCAGAGCCAGCCUGGGGCUUGCAUGUCCAGCCUGAGCAAGCUUAACGGGAUGAAGCUGAGGCUUUCUCCCCACUGUGACUGGAGUGCAUGUUUACACCAGCACUUUUUCUGCACAUGUAUCUUCAAUCCAACAAGGCCAUUUUUUCUGCUGAGUAACAGAGGCCACCAAGCGGCAACUGCGUUACACCCUCUCAGCAAGUGGCCGCAUUGUCUUCUGCACCAUUUUCCACAGCAGACCUGCUUGGCACCACAGGGAGCUCUUCGCCCCCGCACAAUGACAUUCCAACCACCACCAGCCAGAAGUUACAGCCAACCUUGCUCAUUGUCACAAGCAGGACCUUGGGUCCAUUGGCACUGUCAGUGAUGUAAGCCAUUUCCUGGGAGAAGGAAACUCCUCGCCACCAAUCUGCUUGGGCCUGUGCAAAUGGCACUUCAAAGGAGUCCCCAUGCACUUGGAGUCCAUGAGCCAGUGGGAUAUAUGCAAAGACGCUUAAACAUUUCAGGGCUGGUUUCUCUGUUCAUAUCCAAUUCUGGUGCUUAGGAACAGGGACCUAUGCUGAUGCCCAAGGGCAAAAAGCCCCACUUCCUUUAAGAAAGGGGGCAGGCCUGACCCUGAUGCCCAGUAAGGGGCAACCCUAGGCUUUUUGUUUUUCUUGCUUUUAUUCCUUUUUGUUGGCCUUGUGCUGGGUUUGUUUACAAAAGAUGUAUUUUGUUUAACCAAAUAUUAAAAAUGGAAAACUCCAUACAUAAA